AUGGAACAAUUUGAACAAUAUGAUAAGGGUGGAUUAUUAAGAGAUCGUUAUAUAAAAGUAAGUGAUAUAAGUGAAGGUUCAUAUGGAUUAGUAUCAGUUGCAAAAGAUACUAAAAAAAAGGAUUUAUUAGUUGCAGUUAAAUUUAUUUAUCCAAUUGAUUAUAAAAAGAGAAAAGAAAAAUCUACUACUUCGACAGAUCAAAAAAGACCUUCAUCGAGUCCUGCGAGAUUAAAAUCUCCUCAAAUUGGUUCACCAAAUAAACAUAAUCAAAAUUCAAUAUUUAUAAGUUUAUUAAAUGAAGCUGAAAAAGAAAUUAAAAUUCAUAAAAUAUUAGGUCAACAUCCUCAUAUUUCUCAAUUAUAUGAUAAUUUUGAUUCUUGUUUAAUUUUAGAAUUUUGUUCAAGAGGUGAUUUAUAUGAAGCUAUUCAUAAUGGUAAUGGUCCUGCAACAACUCAAGAUUUAAAAGAUGUUUUUCAACAAAUUUUAAAUGCUAUUGAAUAUUGUCAUUCCAAGGGAGUUUAUCAUAGAGAUUUGAAACCUGAAAAUAUUUUGAUUGCAGAAGAUUGGAGUAUUAAAUUAUGUGAUUGGGGUUUAGCAACAACAAAUAAAUUUAUAAGUGAUAAAGAUGAAUUUGAUAUUGGUUCAGAAAGAUAUAUGGCACCUGAAUUAUUUGAUAAUGAUAUUGAAUCUUAUGAUGCUUCUAAAAUUGAUAUUUGGUCUAUUGGAGUUAUAUUAUUAACUUUAGUAUUUCAUAAAAAUCCAUUUCAAGUUGCAAAUUAUUCAGAUAAAAGAUUUUUACAAUUUGCAAGUAAUAGAGAAGCAUUAUUUGAUAUUUUUUCAACAAUGAGUGGAGAUUUAUUUUCAGUAUUAAGAUUUUGUUUAACUAUUGAUCCUGAUAAUAGAGAUUUGAAAAGUGUUUCUGAAGAAUUAAAUUCUUUAAGAUUUUUUACAAUUGAUGAAGAAUAUGAAGCAAGUGAUUAUGAAGAAGAAGAGGAAGAAGAACUUGAAGAAGAUUAUGAUUAUAUAUCAUAUGAUGAAGUUGAUGAAAAAAAUCAAUCUUCAAAUUUAACAGUUCCAACUACUGAAUCAAGUAGUAUUAAAUCUUCAUCUGAAAAUAAUAAACUUGAAAAUUUUGGUUCAGAUAAAUCAAAUUCUCCACCUGAUUCUCAAUAUCAAAUACCUCAUAAUCAUAGAGCUGAUGCUUUAUUAUCAACAAAUACAAAAGCAAAACCUAUACCAAUAAAUACUCAUGAUUUUAAAUUUAUUAGAAAUACUAGAAAACCAUUAAAUGUUGCUUCAUAUAAUCAAGCAGCAAUUAUAAAUAGAAAUGGUUAUACUAAUAAUAGUCAUAAUAAUAACAAAUAUCAAAAUUUUAAUAGAGAAGAUUAUUUUACACCAAAAUCUGUUUUUAAUCAUUAUAUGGAUAAAUAUGGUGAGAAAAAAAGAAAUAUAGGUGUUGGUGGUAGUAACGUUAAUGGUAAUGUUAAUGGUAAUGGAAUUCAUGAAAAUGGUUAUAAGAAACCACCAUUAAGAAGAAAAAGAACUUGGAAAGCAAAUCAAAAUAGGUAUAAACAAAAUGGUGGUGGUGGUAAUCAUCAUAAUCAUAAUCAUAGAAGUAAUGGUCAUAAAAAUAUUUCAAAUCAUGAUAAAUUUGGAAGUGGUCUUAAUGGAGGAAGUACAAGUUUUAAAAAAACAAGUGGUGGUUUAACUUCAAAUUAUCAUCCAUUACCUCAUCCAAAUUCAUCAAAUAUUAAUGGUUCAAUUAAUAAUAAUGGUUCAUCUAAUUUAUCAAAUUCAGGUAAAUAUAUUCCACCAUAUUUAAGAUCUCCAUUACAACAACCUCAUCAAAAAUCACCAUUAAGUGAACCAUUAAUUGAAGAAUUAGAUAAUUUAUCUUUAGAAAAUGUUGAUGAUGAAGUUUUCCAUUUAGAAGAUGAUUUUGAAAAUAAUAAUGAAUUAAAUAAAAUUUCAUCAAAUUUAAGGAAUGAAAAUGUAGUAAGUGAUGGAGAUAAUGAUGAAUUUUUGAAUAAUAAUCCUAAUAAUGUUGGUUUUGGUGGUGGUGGUAACAACUUAAACAAUAGAAAUGGACCUAAAGGAUCAAUUAAAGGUUUUAAAUCAUCACCAACUCAAGGAAUUACAAAAUUUGAUAAUAUUAAUGGAAAUGGUCAUACUACUAUAAAUAGUGCUACGGCUUGUGAUAAUAAUGGGAAAUAUGUUCCACCAUUUAGACGUGCAUCAAUAUCACGUACAACUAAUAUAAAUGGAUCUCAUCAACAAAAUGGUAUAAUAUCUAUAAAUACAAUGAAUAUUGGUACAAGUUUACCAAAUGGUAAUGGAUCAUUUAUGAAAGAUUCAGCGCAAAUGCAAAGUCAACAACAACAUUCGAAUUUUCCAACUAAAAAUCUUAAUAAAUUUAUGAAUGAAUUUACAAAACAAGUUAAUACUAAUAUAAAGCAAAUUAAUAACGAUAGUAACGAACUUUCAACGAAAUUUAACGAUAAUAACAAUAAUAAUAAUAAUAAUAAUAAGAAUCAAAAUGGAACGAAAAUUAAUUCAAUAAAAAAUUUUAAGAAUAAUGAAAGAAAUGAAUUAAAUAAUGAAAUACCAAAUAGUUUUGAUGAUUUAUGGUUUUCGAAUCAAAAGAAAAAUUGGAGUGAUUAUGAUGACUGA